AUGUCCAAUUUGGAAAAAACUGACCAUGAUAUUAGUGAUUAUUUCAGGAGCAGGGGAUUCUCUGUUCAAUUAGGAUCGAAAAACCCAUUUUCUCGCAUUCCUGUAGAUCAAACGCUGGAGGAGACAGUCAACAGAGAUACCCAAAAAUCAGGAGGAACUAAGGGAUUCAGUUUGAAACCAGGUACUGUCGAAAAAUACUAUAUAACAGCAGAAUACCGUGCAUCAGCUCUUCGGCAGUUACGAGAGAAUUUAAGUUUAUCAAAUCAUUCAAAAUUCCACCACGCUGAUCUUCACAAGCCACGAAUGAAAAUAGAUGAAGAGUGCGUUUCAUCUAUAGUUCAACUGUUGGAGAAUGAUUGGACCAAUCCAUUCGACCAAAGUCCUUCGGACAUAAUAAACUUGUCAACAGGGAGAGCUGCAGCACCUGAUGUACAGACAUCCUUAUUGUCCUUGAAGAAAAGAGGCGAAGACGCAUAUGAAACAUUCAAGAGAGAUCGUCUUGAAAGAGGAGAGGGAUUUUUCGAUCCCAUUAAAAAAAUAAACUUGAAGACUUUCAAUACAACUGUUCCAUUAAAAAAGAGUGGAAAGAACAAAGAAAUUAUCCUCAGAGCUGAUCGUAAGCUUUAUGCAAGUAUGAUACUCAUAGCUGAAAACCGACAUCUGAAUAUGUUAGACGUUUUUAGUCAUCCCUUGGGGCCAUUGCCUCGGAGUCUUGCCAAUCCUGACGGAUCAAUAAAAAAGACGAGUAAAACAGUAUUGGGAAAACACUUGGAAAGUCUUAUCUCACCGGAAGAUGAGAAUAUUUCCUCAUCAGCUACCAUAAUUGAUGGGAUGGCAUUGAUUCAAAAGCUGCAUGGAGAAAAUAGGACAUUUGAUGAACUGUCUGACUCGAUACUCAAUCAAAUCUUAAAUUGCGGCUAUCACAGCCAGAGAAUCGAUAUUGUAUUCGAUACUUACAGAGACAAAUCAAUCAAAUCUGCAGAACGUCUCAGCAGAGGUUCAGAGGAAGAAAUCUCCUUCAAGAAUAUCAAAAGUGGUCAUAGAAUAAUCAAAUGGAGACGACUGUUACAGAGCAAUGACAGUAAAAAUAAGCUCACAACAUUCCUCGUUGAAAGUUGGCAAGAGGAAAAUAGAAGGAGGAAGAUUGCUGAUAGAACAUUAUUUGCUACUUACUCCGGGAAGUGUAUCGAGAUAACUGCCAGUGGUUCCCACGAUGUGGAAGAUCUUGCAUCUUCCCAAGAAGAAGCAGAUACUCGAAUGAUGCUGCAUAUCAAGAAUGCAGCUAUGGAAUACUCGAAUAUUAUUUGUGUAUCUGACGAUACAGAUGUUUUAAUCUUAGCUCUCUAUAUAUCGUCGAAAUUCAGAUGGGAGAGCAACAUUUAUAUCAAACGUGGAACAAGUGGUAGAAUAAGGUUGAUAGACAUUAAAAAACUUGCAUCUGCAGUUGGCUCUCAUGUCACAUCAGCUUUACCUGGUUUGCAUGCAUGGACAGGUUGUGAUACAGUCAGUGCUUUUUCUGGACAAGGCAAGCUCAAAGCCCUGAAACUUUUACCAACGAAUGAUGAGUUCGUUUCACUGUUCUCCAUGCUGGGAAGUCAGUUUUCAUUAUCAGACGGAGAUCAUUGCAAGAUACAAAAAUUUGCCUGUCAGCUAUAUUCAAGAAAUAUCAAAACAGAAAAUAUAAAUGAAUUGAGAUACCAAAUGUUCCGAAGUCGACAAGGUGCAGUUGAGUCAACCCAGCUUCCUCCAUGUGAAGACUGUCUUCAUCAACAUUCUCUGAGAGCUAACUAUCAAACAGCAAUACGGAAAAGAUGUUUGGAAAAUUUUCCUGCAAUUCCAGAGCCAGAAGAUCACGGAUGGAAUCUAGAAAAAGAUGGCCAACUUUCCAUCAAAUGGAUGAGAGGAGCGCCAGCACCUGAAGCUGUUUUGGAACUUUUGAGUUGUUCUUGCUCAAAGUUAUGCCGGUUACCAUCCUGUACUUGUAUGGUAAAUCAGUUGAAAUGUACCGACGCUUGUAAGCUGGCAACGUGUGAAAACAUGAGUGACCCUGAGGAAUGUAGAGAAGAAGUUUAUGACUCUUAUAACAGUUGUGGAAGUGAUGAUGAUGAAGAAGAUGAUGAAUAA